AUGGCGGAUACACUUCUCAAGCCUCAGGCAACAGCCAAAAGCCUCGGCGCCUACAUGAUAUUUGAAUUGCCUCUUUCCGAAUUUCACAACAAGACUCAAAUGGUGGAUAUCAGCCCACUGGCUACCGAUGGAUGUGUCCGCUUCAUCGACUGCGUGGCUCUAACAACAAGCAAUAUUCUAAGAAUAUGGGAAUUCUCUGAAUCACCUCUGGAAGAGUAUAGCCGCUUUAUUAGUUGGCCGACAUUCAAAUAUACUGCAAUAUCCUACGUUUGGAGGGGUAAUCUUGCCAGUUCUGAAAACGACUCAUUUGAAAACAAGUUCGGGUAUCUUACUGUUCGUGGAGCAGAAGAUGCCGAACCCAUUUCAGUCAAUGUGUUACGUGCUGCCUGCUUUGCAUCGUUGGGAGAUGAUGAUGGGCGGCCUUAUACUCAACGGAUGAUUUCGAGGGCCGAGUACAUCUGGCUAGACCAGCUUUGCAUUAUCCAAACGAAGAAAUCUGACAACAAUCUACAAAUAUCACAAAUGUAUCACAUAUACAAGUGCUGUACGCAGUGUUUGGUUCUCCCCGGGGGACUUUGGCGGCUUACGCGACUUGACGAAGAGACUAGCUGGGCAAAUCGAGCAUGGACAUUACAAGAAUGUUUAGUACCCAAGUAUCCAAUGGUCCUUUUCGCGUGGACCAUGAAUACAGGUAAACUUUUGGGCAUAACCUCCUGCUGGGUGAGAGAGGUCGAGGGUACCGGCGGUGCUCUUGCAAGACUCAAGGACAUCAUUUCCGGAUGUCUUGGUAAGCCAAUGGUUUUCAUUACACGUUCGAUUGAUGAUUCGUCAUCCUUGGAAUAUGAGAAUAUUGAUAUCGCGAGAGAAACUGCUUUCGAUAUUAGAGUCUUCGGGAAAGAUCAUGCAGAUCUAUACGCCCUUAGAAAAGUACGACUAAACUUCCAGAAUUCUAGCGAAUCCACUGAUCCAUACAAAACAAGGCGAUGCUAUUCUCUCAUCUGGCAAUGCGCACUUAUGCGUACUUCAUCUCGUCCCGUGGAUAUGGUCUUCAGUAUUAUGCGACUAAUGGGUGUUGAGCUGAAUCCUAAAGACUUUAAUGAAAACGAUCGUAUGGGCGCUACAAUUGCACUGAUGGCCAUGAUACUCGAAAAGAGUGGAAGCGCAGACUGGCUUGGGAUGCCUUCCAAAUUCCCGCUCUGCCCACAGCUAUCUACAUUUCCGCAGUUUGCAAGAACCGACGUUUCUGGCGGAGUGAACUACUCAGUCUUGGGCCAUUGGCGUGCUGGAAGGUCGUUGAACGACUGGAUCUGCGCCGAUACGAGUUGGAAUAGUGAAGAAGAAUGGAAAUGGCAGAGAUUGCACGGAAGAAUGAGCACCGACGGGUACCUGAUGUUCGUACGUAAGGCGUAUCGGGUUAGCUUUGCGUCGGCGGAGGCAAUACGUGAAGCUGAAUAUGCACAUGUCUUUGACUGGCCGUUGAUCGGAGACAUGGAAGGAACGUUAUGGAAAUUCCAAGAAGACUAUGAUGCAUUGGCACAAGAUCCAGCCAUUAUGGCGAUCCCUCUAUGGGAAUUCCGAGAAAUUCAUCUGGAAAAAGGGGACCAGAUAGAGGAUUUCCAAUUUUCCAUCUCGGGCAUCAAGUUGAUGAUUGUCAAGGAGCAAUCUGCUGGAAAAUUUUAUGUUGUGUCAUAUUGUUUCGUUGCUGAUAAGGAGCAUAAAUGGAGAUCGAGAAUUCUCGACUGGCCAGAUUAUACGUUUAAGGUUGGUGGCCCAGAGCCAUUGAUGCGUCAUCAAGAGCUGGCAGAUGAAUAG